AUAUUUGAGAGAACUUAAGAUUCGCUCUCUUCCUACCAUUGUCCUCCUGACUUUUUGAGAUGAUAUAGAAAUUGUAUUACUGUGUCACAUCAGCCUUUGCUUUUCCUGUCCCAUGUCAUCCCACAGAUGUGCUAGGUGUGGGCCGGCCCCCACCCCACCCUGACAAGUGACCAUGGAUCCUGGAGCCGGGCCAGAGUCAUCUCUGACUGUCAAUGAGCAGGUCAUCGUGAUGUCAGGCCACGAGACCAUCCGUGUGCUGGAAGUUGGAGUGGACGCCCAGAUCUCUGCCGAGGAGGAGGGCAAAGGGCUGGAGGGUGUGGCUGCUGAGGGCUCCCAGAGCAGAGACCCUGGCGAAGCUAGUGAACCUGCUGGUGAAGCCGGGCCAGACAACCCAGACUCCUCUGCAGAGGCAACUGUGAAGUCUCUGCCGGGGAUCCCUCCGAGCCCUGCCCCUGCUGUUGCCACCUUCAGCCAAGCCCCCAGCCAGCCUCAGGCCUCGCAGACCCUGGCUCCAUUAUCUGUACAGGCUGCCCCCCAGAUCUGCCAGGCAUCCGGCAGGGGAGUAUCCUCCAUCAGAGCUGCCCAGAGGCCUCUGUAG